AGCUUGCUGCGGCAGUGACUAGAGACCAUCCUCCAGGUGCUGCUCUCCGUCCGCCUUGUCCUCAGCCUGGAGAACACCAAACACCUUGUGAGAACUUGAGGGACCUCCACAGUGUACCCGGUCUAUUAAUGGAAUGAAGUUGUUACAAAGUCAUAUCAUUCUUCUUUUCACCUGUGCGCUACCAUGUCUUGGUGUGCAAGAUCUCCAUAUCAGUCCCGAAAUUACAGCGAAAAUCUCCACAGCUGUGCAAAGAAUGUUCUGUUCGGCCCCUCUGGACAUCCUUUUUCUGCUCGAUGGCUCGAAUAGUAUAGGCAAAGGAAGCUUUGAGCGCUCCAAGCACUUUGCAGUGAGGUUGUGUGACGCUCUGGAUAUCAGCGCAGAUCGGGUGAGAGUGGGGGUCAUUCAGUACAGCACCACGCCACAGCUAGAAUUCCGCCUUGAUUCGUUCUUUACUAAGGAAGACCUUCAGGGGAAGAUAAAGGCCAUUGUCCUCAAAGGAGGCAGCACAGAAACUAGCCUGGCUCUGAAGUACAUUCUUCGUAAGGGCUUUCCUGGAGGACGUGACUCUUCUGUGCCAAAAAUUCUCAUUAUCCUAUCAGAUGGCAAGUCUCAGGGAAAUCUUGGUGGUCCAGCAGCACAGAUUAAAGAGAGCGGAAUUGAGGUGUUUGCUAUUGGAGUCAGGUUUCCAAGAUGGUCAGAGCUUCACUCCUUAGCCAGCAAUGCAGUGGAAGAACAUGUAUUCUUUGCUGAACACGUGGAUGAUGCUGUGAAUGGUUUGUGCAGCUCUCUAAGUCAUUCAACGGUAUGCAGCGCAGUUCCCGCAGGGUGCAGUGUACAGUCUUAUUCAUGUGAGCGGCGGACUCUGGAGACGGUGAAAGAACUUGCUGGGAACUACGUGUGCUGGAGAGGCUCGGCUGCGCCCAGCCAUGUGUUUGCUGGACACUGUCCCUUCUACAGCUGGAAGCGAUACUUCACAAAGCAUCAAGCGGAGUGCCACCGUACCACGUGUCCAGAUCCGUGUGACUCUCAGCCAUGCAAGAAUGGAGGGACCUGCAUCCCGGAGGGGGCAAACAAGUAUCGCUGCAUUUGUCCUGUUGGUUUUGGAGGCGAUGCCGAGUGUGCUCCGAAGUUGAGUCUGGAGUGUAAUAUCGAUCUCCUGUUUCUGCUGGACAGCUCUUCCUCUUCAUCACUGGAGACCUUCAUGCGUCACAAGUCCUUCCUCAAGCGCUUCAUACAAGCCGCGCUUUCGGACGAAUCUCCCGUCAAUGUGGGCCUUGCCCAGUACAGCAGUGACGUGCAAAUGGUGGUGAAGAUCAAUGAGUAUGAGAGCAUUGCAGAGCUGCUGAAGAUGGUGGACUCCAUGCAGUUUUUGGGUGGUGGGCUGUACACAGGAAAAGCCCUACGUUACAUCACACAACAUGGAUUUAAGAGUACGCCGGCCUAUUCCGAUGUCCGCGACGACCUGCCUCGCGUCGUGGUGCUGCUCACUGGAUCCACAUCACAGGACGCCGUGGCAGAACCGGCCUCGUACGCCAGGGACCACGAGGUCUUCCUUAUUGGUGUCUCUGGUGAGACGAGUAAAGAAGAGAUGGCUGAAAUUGUGGCAAAUCCACACAAUCUGAUAACAUACGAUAGUCCUCAGAAACUCUUCAACCAGCUACCUCAACUGCAGAAGAGGAUCUGCAGCAUCGACUCCCAAGGUUGCCAGGCACAGCCCCUGGACUUGGUCUUCAUGUUGGAUGCCUCCUCUGGUAUUGGACAAGAGAAUUUCAAUCGUCUGCUGAACUUUGUAACAAUGGUCUCCCUCCAGUUUGACAUAAAUCGGGAUAUCACCCAAGUGGGAUUUGUCACAUAUAGUAACCAGCCUGAGACUAUCUUUAGUCUGGAUGCUCAUGAAACUGUAUUGGGUCUCAUUAGUGCCAUCAACCGGGCCCCUUAUCUGGGAGGCUCCCCGUCUACUGGAAAUGCUCUUCUACACAUCCACAAUGAUGUCAUGUCCAUCCAGAAGGGCGCUCGGCCUGGAGUAAAGAAGGCCGUGAUCGUGCUGAGCGAUGGGCGCGGAGCGGAAGAUGCAGCGGUUCCUGCACAGAAGUUGCGGGAAGAUGGGAUUUCUGUCUUUGUCAUUGGUAUAGGGAGGAUUCAAAGGAAUGCACUGCUGAGAAUAGCGGGAUCAGAGAGAUUCCUCACUCACAUACCGAGCUACAAUGUGCUCAGCCAGUAUGAGGAUGACAUCGUGCAGCGUGUGUGUGAAGAGGCAAAAUCCAAAGUGAGUCCAUGUAAACCCAAUCCGUGUAUGAACGGAGGAGUCUGCAUCCUGCGACACAACAGCUACUACUGCGAAUGCCACGGAUGGGAAGGACCGCACUGUGAGAACCAAAUUGUUAGAGGGGACAGUGCCUGGCCGCUACCGCUAAUCAAGAGUCGCCGUCAAAGGCACUCCUCCGCAUCACAUCGCAGAUUCAAACCUCUGUCCAGCAGGAAGACACAUUAACUGAACUGGAUGAAGAGGCCAGAGACCAUCCGAGGUGCUGGGUAGGGACACUCAACAGCCAGAACUAGGUUUUCACUUUUAGAACAACCCAUAAGACAUUUUGCGUGCUCUGCAUGGGCAGAAUCGGGGCUGGUGUAAUGCUGUUGAUGGACUAUAGAGGGCAGCAAAACUGGCCUUCACUUUUUACCUCUGUUAAAUUUCCUACACUAAAAAGAUCCAGUAUUCACUGAAUGUCUGAAAUAGUCAAGAUUACCGGUACGUUUUCUUGAAGUCAAAAAGAGAGCUUACGUCUAACAUGCAAUUCUGUGCAAAAAGUGAAUCCGGUUUUGUAUUUGUUUUUCCUCAUUUUCCUUGCAUCUGAUUGAGUAUUCAAAGUAAACACAGCUUUACUUUUAUAUACUAAGCUGAGUAAAUAUUCACUGUACUAGUGAUCAACCUCUACUCCUUUAGUAUAUUGGUCCCACUAUCUCCCAGUUUCUAAGGAGGAAUAACCAUGUUAAAUAUUAGUCCAUAGACAGAAUGCGUGAGCUCAAGCAGCUCAAUACUUCAGUCGAUCACUGACUCAGGCUGAAGAACCAAAGUAUGUAAUGCAUAAUUAUGAAGUAAGCCUGCACUAUUGCUGUAUAGUCAUGUAAAAGACUGCAUUUUUACCCUUUUGCACAAUCUGAGCUAGAAG